AUGAUAAUGUAUAUGAAAUUUUAGUUGCUAUUAAUUUCUUUGAACUUGGUGUUUUCAAGUGAUUAAGCUUGCCCAUAAGGAUAAGGAUUUGAUCCUUACUAAAACUAAUGUUUUAAGUGCUCUUAAAAUUGCGAAACUUGCUAAGUAGGAUUGAACCCUUCUUAUAACUCAUAUUCAGAAUAAUAUUAAACUUGCUAGCAAUGCUAAUCUGCUUUUUAUCUAAGUGAAGAUUAAAGAAGCUGUCUAAGUGAUUGUGAAUAUUAUUUUGACCCAUAACAAAACUAGUGCUAAUAGUGCUAAUUAGAAGGAUGUCUUCUGUGCACUACUUAAAAUACUUGCAAAGUAUGCAAAGAAAAUUUUUAGCUAAAAGAUGGAAUAUGUGUCUCUGAUUGCUUAGGCUAGUAGUAAUUUCUAAUUUAAGAUAGUCAGUGUUCCUUUUAGUGUGGGUUAGGACAAACACAAAAUAACCAGUUUUCAACAUGCUAAACAAUAAACAAAUGCCCUAUUUAAUACUCUGAAAGUAAUUAUUGUCACACAUACUAAGUAAUAUACAAGUAGACUAUUUUAUCAAUUGAAAAAUAUAUUGAUAAUAACUCAUAAGAAAUAAUGGUCAGCUAUGAUAAUAUAGGAAAUAUAAAGUUUUGGAGAUAUAUUACCCCUGUAAUAAGUUUCCUUUCAGAGAUUCAACCAACUUUAAGUAAUCCUGAUAACUCAUUGUUUUGCAAAUUAUCUCAAAAAUAAUUCUAUCUCUGUGUAUACCCUUAAUAUAUUUAAGCAUUUGACCUAAAAUCACCAUAAAUAUAGGAAAUACGUGCUCUAUAAUAGUCAUCUAAUGGCAUAUUAUCUCUUUUAGACUUUGUUUCUUAUAAUGGAACUGAUUAUAUUUGUGUAAACAGUGAAUAAAAUGUUCUACUUUUUAAAGUAGUAAAUAUCUUUAAUAAUAACUCCUCAUUGGAUUGGUCUAAAAGCUCUAUACAGUUUCAAGCAGAUAGUAGCUACUAUAUAUGCAUUGUGUAAUUUACUUAAGAAAUUUUAAUAUACAAGUCAGCAGAAAUAUGGAUCGACAGCAGUGGUAAAAAUUAAACUGGAGUUUUAUAUAAGCAAUAAUAAGCCAUAUGCUAUCUUUAUAACAAUUAUAAUGCAAUAUUCAGAGCCACUGAAAAAAUAUACAUUUUAACUGGAGCAAAUAACUAUGCUAUUCUAAUCCUGAAUGAAAAAUCUGUUUAAAACUGUUAAGAAUUUAUCAUCUAAAAUAUGGAUACAAGUAAUUACUUUGUAAGCUUUAUGUCUUCUGAGACUAAAAUCAUGUUUAUUUUACAGAAUUAUUAAGUUUCUUAUAAUAAUUUAUCUUAUAAAUUAUUCAACAUUACUUAAAGCAUAGACGGCGACUGUUAAGUUAGCGAAAUAGUAAGCUUUUAGUAAAAUACUGAAAUGAUAUAAAAUUAAAUAUUUGGAGAUAUAGUAUUAUAUGCCAAUUCGUUCUAAUCUAAUUACAUUUUCAAAUAAGAUUUAAAUCUGCUUACAACCAAGUAAUACUUUUUCAAUUCAUAUAUCUAUAGUAUUCAUAUUGUGGACAGAGAUAUUGUUAUUACGACUGAAGAGAAUAAUAUUGCUUCAAUAACCUUAAAUGAUAAUUAAAGUUAUAAAAUAGAUAAAUAAACUAUUUGCAAGACAUAAUAUAAUCCAUAUUAACAUUUUGGAAUGCAUGCUAUAAAUAUAUAUGAUUCUUAAGGAAAUAAAUAUGGCUUGUAAGGAUUUCAAGGAAGCUUAUAAUUGAGAGAUAUGAGAAAUGGAGAGAUAAUUUUGAGCACUAAUUACAUUUUAUUAUUUAAUCCUUUAUAAAAUAAAUUAAAAAAUAAAAUAUAUCUUUUUUUGAAUGGAGGAAUUUUGAUAAUAGAUUUUACUAAAGACCCUUAAAAUGAAUCAGAGUUUCUAACUUAAAUAGUUACGCCAAGAGCAUCUUCAAAUGGUAUUCCCUUUUUUGAUGACGAUGAAAAUUUUUACAUAUACAAUUUUGAUUACAUAAAUUGGAAAUCAGUUGUAGCAUACACAUCAAAUGGGUAAAUUAUAAAAGAAAUACCUGCCAGGUUAGAUCUAACAUAUAGUUAGGCCUAUAGAUUUUUUUAUUAAGCUAAAAAAAUUGUUUGUCUUGUAGAUUAAACAGAUGCAAUACUUUCUUACUUUGAUUUCAUAAAUUUCACAACUUAUGAUUUUAAGCUUUUUAAUGGUCAAUAAGCAGAAAAUCUUCUUUAUGCUAAUUAAAUUAUCGAUGAAAAUAUAAUAUGCAUAACAGCAAAUAAUAUGUUUAUUAUAGAUUUUUUAGAUAAUAACUUAAUUCCCUUGUAGGUUUAAUACUCUGCUUAUGGAAAUGUUAUUUACUAAAUUGUUUAUGGUGACUUUAUUUUAGCUUCAUAUAAUUUAAAAAAGAUCUAAAUUAUACAUUAUCCAUCUUCUUCUGAGUCAGUUAUAUAAUGCUCCUAGUCAGUUAGCUAAAUAAUUACCUUUUAUGAUUAAAUUCAUUUUGGAUUCAUAUAAGGAUUAAAUUUGAACGUUUAUUCUUUAUCUUAAAAUCUAAUUAAAUAAGUAUUUUAGAUAUAAUUACCUUCUAUAUCAUGUGAAUAGUAAAUGAUUACUUAUUUUUCGAGUAACGAAUUAAGCCAAGAAGUAAUAUAUCUAGAUUAAGAUAAUUCUGGUAUCUGCAGCAUUUAUGGUAAUAUAGGAAUAAACGAUUAUUAGGUACAAAUGAAGGUACCUGGAUAAAUGUAUCUUGAUUAUAUAUCACUUUCAAAACUAAAUUAUAUCAAUUUAGUCUCUUGUAUUGAUAUAUCUGCCAAUAAAAUAUAUCUUGUUUUAAGGGAUUCAUAAAAUAAUAUGUUUUUAGGUUCAACUUUAUAUAAAUAGCAGCUAAAUAUUAAUAUAAUAGCAUAAAUUAACUAACCAACUCUCAUAAAUAUUCAAGGUAUUUAAUCUUAUGGAAACUAUUAAACAAUAUAUUUUGAUAAUGGUUUCAUAAUUUAUAAGAAUGAGUCUAUACUUUAAAUGAUUGAUAACAUACCUUCUUACAUUAAUCAGUUCAUUAUUGAUUUCUAAGAAGAUAUUUUAGUAAUAUCAAACUCACUCUGCUAAUGGUUUGUUUUUAAGUUUUCUACUGGUUAGUUUAUGUAUGAUAUGCCUCAAGAUUCAAAUUAUAAUCCUUUGCUAAAAUGUACCUCGUCUUUUGAUAGAGUUAACAAAAAUAUUCUGUUUAAAUAAACUACAUAAAUAACAAGUUUUUCGUACAGCUAAAAUACAACUAAUUGGUUUUUAACAACUCAAAUAUUAGGAAAUACUAAUAUGGAUAUUGAUAUUGAUCAAAUUUUUUAUUAUGAACACCCAAUAAAUGCUGUUGUCUCACCUAACUAAAAAUUAUUAAUUCAAAUAAUGUAUCUUGAUGAUAAAUAUACAACUUCAGAUACAUAGGUUAGAUCAAUUGACAUCUCUUAGUACUCCUAGACUUUUUCAUAAUAUAACUAGUAAACUAAAUUUACUAUAAUCGAAGAUUUUUAAAAGGAUAUACUUAUUAUAGUAUUUGCAGAUAAUAUAUUCUUUAUUAAAAUUUCAUAAACUUAAAUAAUUCAUUAUCUCAACUUUUAAGAAAAUUUAAGUUAAUCCAAAGCUGACGGAUAAAUAACAUAUAUAAGUCUUGAUAAGUAAAGUAAUAUACUAGCAUGUACCACAUAAGAAAACAUCUUAAUUUAUGACUACUCUUCAAUUGUUUUCUAUGAUUAUUAGAAUUUUUAUUUAGGUCCACAAAAUGCAGAUUUAAUUAAUUACAUCACAUAAGGAAGGAACUAAAAUGAUAAUUUAAUUGCAUUUGCAAGAGAAUUCAAUUACAAUAAAAUUUCUUUUUAUUAAGUCUCUUUGUAAAAUUAAACAAUAACACCAUUUUUAAGCUUAGAUGUUACUGAAUACUUAGAUUUAUAAUUUACAUUAAAAGGAGGACCACUUGGAUAAACAUCAAAUAUAAAUAAUAGCACUAAAUAUAAUUAUAGAAUUAUACAAAUUUAAAAAUAAGUUACAAAUGACUUGUAUUAUCAAUAUUACGCUUUGCUAGAAGAACUAAGCUUCUUUCCUAUUCUGAUACUUUAAAACACCAUUGCUUCUACUUUAUAUCUAUAAAUUUUAGACUAUGAAAGUAAGAUGAUAAAUUUAAUAUCUAGCUAAUUCUAAUAAGUUAUGAACGAUUGUAAUAUUCGUAAUUAAACUGUAUAUUGCUUUGAUUAAUAAGGAAUAAACUUAAUAGAGAUAAGCAUUUAAGACCCAAAGAGCUUCAAGAUUACAUAGAUAAGUUAGUUAGAUUAGCAAUUAAUAUUUUAUUGCAAUAAUAUUGUUUUCAGUUGGAAUCCUAGUCAAAAUAAAUUAUCUAAAUUUUAAAUGGUAAAUAAUAUUUAAUAAUUAAAAAUUGGCAACUAAUACAUUUUAUUAGAACUCGAAUAUACUUUUGAUAUAACAUUAGUAGCUAUUAAUCAAGAUGGUGCUUUAGUAAAAUCUCUUUAUAACUUGAUAUAGCCUGCUUAAAAGUUGAGAGACUUGUCUUCUUCUAACCAAAUUCCUCACUUUUAUAAUAAAAAAUAUGAAGAGUCAAAGAUAUCUGAAUAAAUUUCAUAGUUUUUAGUCCUACAAACAUUUGGAUAGGCAAAUAUUUAUUCUUUAAUUGACUUUUCUCUAUAUCUAACUAUUAGGUCUCUUAACAUUACAAAUAUUUAGUAAAUUUAAAUUUUAUCAAAAUCAAUUAUGCUUCUAGCUUCUAAAGCAGAAAUUUAGGUAUACUACUUUUCUAAAAAUAACUAUAAUCUAUUAUAAUCAUUUUAAGCCAGUUUACCUAUAAUUGGUUAUGCCACUUUAAAUAGUUUAUAGUAACUAAAUAUAUUUUAGUUGUCAAUGGUUAUCAGCUCUAAUAAUGAUAUUAGAUUGCUAUAAUAUACUUUAACUACAGAUUAAAAUGUUGAUUCUUAAAUAUAUACUUCAAAUUAAUAGUGUGUACUAACCUUCAGUGACUAUGUUUAAGACUUAUCCUUACUUUAAUAUACUGUAAAGAUAUAAGCUAUUUAAGAUUAAUUUGUAUCAAAAAACUAUGCCAACAUUUAAGUUAUAGAGAUAUAUUUUAUACCACAAACAAGUCUGUAUUUAAGAUAAGAUAUUUUUUAAACAUUAACGUCAUCUAAUUUUACCUUAAGACUAUAUUCUGAUUCUUAAAAUGCACUUGUCUAUCUGAUAAAUUAAAAUUAUAAUAAUAUCAACGCCAUUUUUAAUCCAAGCAUAGUUUAUUUAGAAAUUUUGAAUAUGAUGCUUACAAUUCCUUAGUAACCAUAAAAUAAACAGUUAAUUACUCCUAUUGCAAUUGAUAUAAAUAAUAGCAAAAGCCUUUUAAGCAUAAGUAUGACAAAUACCAUAGUUGAUUUGGAUAGCUAAGUAUGUAUUAUAUUUUAAAAUAUGAAUGAGCUCAUAUUUUCAAAUUCAGAAUUUAUCACUUCAUAACAUUUAAUAACUAGCAGCUCAUAUAAUACCUGCAUGAUUUUAAUUAAAAAUGUCAACUUUGUUUAUUUAGAUAGACUUACGUUUAAAAACUUUACUAUUUAAAAUAAAUCUUCAUCUUUGAAAUAUGUAAUUGCAUUUGACAGCAUCUAAAAUUUAAGCAUAUCAAAUAUUGCUAUUUUAAAGUCAAAUCUCCAAAUAAACAGUAUAUUUAACUUUUAAAACAUUGGAAAUUUAACACUAAAUAAUAUAUUAGUGAACAUCACUAAGUCAAGUGGUUCUAUAAUCUCUUCAUCAAAUAUCAAUAGUUUUUUUAUCUAAAGUCUGUAAAUUUAUGAUUCUUAAUUUGAAGGAAAAUCGUACUCUUUAAUAUAAACUAUGGGAUCUUUAAUAAAUAAUUUAUAAAAUAUUACAGUUAAAAAUAUUUCAGGACCUUCUCUUAUUUAAAUUUAAGAACAAUUUUAUAAUAAAGUAAUAGUCAUAGUUUCUUAAGUUACAAUUAAUGAUUUAUCAGUUAUAAAUAGUUAAUUUAACGAUUAACAAAACCCAUCAAUCUACGUAUCAAGCUUAAAUACAGAUGUAGAAAAUAUGAGCAUUUAAAAUGGAAUAUUUAAUAGUGAUAUAUAUAGUUCAAUAAUAUUCUUAAAUAGCUUUUAGCAUAAAAAUUUAGACUCUCAAUUAGACUCUUAAAGUUGUUUGAUAUAAUAGAGUUAAUUUAAUAAUAAUAAUCUAUAAACUGGAUAAGUGAUUUAUGUUUUUUAACAUAGCGAAGUUACUUUUAAUUACUUGAUAGUUAAUAUGAAUUAACUCUUAGAAUCUUUUUAUGGAACAGUGUCGUUUGAUACAACAUAAAAUAUAAUAAUUAAUAAUUCCCUAUUUUCUAAUAAUACCGUUUAAAAGGGUUGUGGUGGGGGAAUAUAUAUUACUAAUAGCUAAGUUUAGCUAAAUAAUUGUACAAUUUGCUAUAACUAUGCUGUAAUAGGAGGUGGUAUCAGAUACUAAGAAAUGAACUCUUCUUUAAUUUAUAAAGAUAAAUAGUAUAAAUAUCGCCGUCUUGAUAUAUAAUAAUCUUAAAUUUUUAAUAACAAAGCUCUUUUGUUUGGCUAAUAAAUUACCUCUUAUCCAAAAUCAUUCAAAUUUCAUAAGAAUUAUACUUAAAUGUUAUCUUAAGUGGUAUCUGGAAGUACCUUGAGUUAACCUCUUAUAUUUUAUUUAGUAGAUGAAUUUGAAGAAGUCGUAAAUUACCCUUUAAAUAUUGAAACAAAUAAAAUUCAUUAACUGAUAAUUUAAGAAUUUCAAGGAUAUGAUAUUCUUAUUGUCAACUAAGAUGAGUCGAAAAUGCAUAUUUAAGGAGGAAUUUAAAUUUAUAAUAAUUAUAUUACAUUUUAACCUUAAAUAACAUCCAAUCCUUCUAGCAAAUAAUUUUUAUAAAUUUAACUUUCUUCAAAGGUACCAAUUUACGAUUUUUAAUAAAACUAUUUCAAAGUAAGCUCAAUAGAAAGUAUUAUUUACUUAAAAUUUUUACCAUGUUAAGCUGGGCAAAUUCCUAAAUAAGAAUUUAAUCUCAUUUCAUGCUAUGAAUGUCCAUAAGGAACAUAUUCUUUUAUAAGCAGUUUUUCUAAUUCUGAUACUUAUCAAUGUAGCCAUUGCCCUGAAUAAGCUAGUUAUUGUGAAAAAGAUAUAAUAGUGCUAUAAGAUGGAUACUGGAGAUUAAAUCCACAAUCGAGUAAGGUAUUUGCAUGUUCUAAUCCAUCUAAUUGCAUAUAAACAUAAAACUAGUAGAAUUAUAAUCUUUCUUCUAUAAUGCCUUAAGAAUAAUUUGAAAAAUCAAUUUGCAGUGUUGGUCACAUAGGAGCUUUGUGUGAAAGUUGUGACAUUAAUAAUUAAUUAUGGGGAAAUUAAUAUUCUAAAAGCAGCAAUCUUAGCUGUAUUAAAUGCAAAGAUAAUUAUAUAGAUAUUAUUACUUAUUUCUUACUAUAUUUAGCGAUAUUGGGUUAUUUAUCAUUCAGUUUUAGGAAAAUAUAAAGAUUCACUACUCAAAAAUGCCUUUUUUUAUAUAUCAAGAGAUUAAAUUUUAUUUGUAUUGGGAAAUCAUCAGAGUCUGAUUAGAAUACAGUUGCUACGAAGAUAUUAAUAAAUUAUGUUUAAAUUAUUACAAUUAUAUUCUAAUUUACAAAUUUUUCACCUUAUCUCAGAUAAAUAAUUAGUAUUUUUGGAGACUCCUCAUCUGAUUCAAUAUUUAAAAUUUAUAAUAUAAAGUGCUCAUUUAUUUUCUUAUGGCUUUUCUUUUCUCCAAGCCUUAUAAAUUAUUUUGUCUAAUAACUUAGCUGUGUCUAAAUUGGAGAUUAUUCUUAUGUUAUUACAGAUAAAUAAUAUAUCUGCUUUGGACAUGAUCAUAAAUAAAAUAUAUUUUAUAUUUUGAUUCCUUCAUUAGUGUUACUCUAUUUACUUUUACCUUUAUUUUUCUUUAAAAAGCUUAAAUAAAAAAGAACUUGCCUUACAAAAAUUGAAAAUAUAAAAGUUUAUGGCAUUUUAUUUUAUGAGUAUAGAAAAGAAAAAUACUACUGGGAAAUAAUAAAGACAACUCAAAAAUCCUUAAUUUAUCUUUGCACCUUUGUUGAUAAUAUUGGAUAAAAAGCUUUAGUUUCUUUAUCAAUAUUAUUUCUUUACGGUAUAGCAUCCUUCUUUAGUAGACCAUAUAAUAGUAUUUAACUAAAUAAUCUUGAUUUAAUGGCUACAAUUCUAUAAUUUAAUUCUAUCGUCUUAGCAAUAAUAAUCAAUCUUAUGGAAAAUACAGUUUGGGAAAGUAUUUCUACUACAAUUAUUUUCUUUUUCAACUUUAUGUUUAUUGUAAAAAUUAUGAUGAAAGUAAUUUUGAGGGAAAUACCUUUAGAUAUUAAAUAAAGAAAUUUCUUUCACUGGUUGUUAAUAAAAAUAAAAAAUAUAUUUCCUAAAUUUUUAACUGCUUAAAUAAUCAUAUAAAGCUCUAAUAAAUUUUAAGUAAUGAGAAGAUGGAGCAAAAUUUAAAAAGAAGUAUUUAAAUAUAUGAAACUUAAGAAAAGAAAUUCCAAUAAACAAUAAAAUAAUGACUAAGCUGAUGAAAUUAUUGAAGAAGAUGAUGAAAAUACAAAUUUAAUUAUAGAGAUGAAUUAAUAAACAUCUCUAUUCGGAUUAAGCAACUCUGUUUUAAAAUCUCAAAACACUUCAUAUAUUAGUCUUUAAAGUAAAAUAGAUGGAAAAUUUUCAACUGAGAAAGAUAAUUUAAAAAGUGAAAAAUUUUAACUCGUUAAGACAGAUGAUGAAUUUAUAAAUUACUUUGAUGAAAACAGCGUUGCAAAUUCUCCAACUAGUUUUUUAGCAAAAAAGUAAUCUAAAAAUAUGAAUUUUUUUGAGCCUCAAUAAACUCAAUACAAAUGA